GAGAAGUAGCAUAACUUCUUAGGGCUUAACAGUUGCUUAGGAAGAGUGAGACUGCAUAAAUCUAAAGGGAAUGAAAAAUGUUCAGACAGCUGUCAUCUGCUGAAGAAUUAUAUUGGAGUACUUUCUCAUCUCUGCGGAAUCCUCUUGAUAAAUUAACCAGAAUGAAUUGGCAACAAGUAGCUCCUGGAGUAAUCCUUUUACUGGUCAAGGUCACAGGGACAUCUCUAUUUUUUGUUUUUCUUCCACAGAUCUUUCCCAUGGGAAACAUCACUUUUACCUCUAAAGAAAAUUAUUCAGGGUGGACCCCCUCUCCUGAGCAGACCUCUUCCCUCUCUCCCUUGCUUCCUACCACAGCCCAGAUUCCUUUGACGCAACCAAGGUGGGAACGAUUCAGAGGGAAUGAUUACUGGUUUUCUGAAGAGAAAGAAACAUGGCUGAUAAGCAAAGCUACAUGUAGAGAUUGGCAAUCAGACCUUGUGAUCAUCAGUGACAGAAAAGAACUGCUUUCCCAUCAAACAAGCAACAAUGAAUGAAGAAUGUGCUGCUAUCAGAGCAGGAAAUGUGAGUCCAGUAUCGUGCUAUCAAACAUUCAACUGGAUUUGUGAGAAGACAUAUAGU